AUGGGUAAAGUCCACGGCUCGCUCGCUCGUGCGGGUAAAGUCAAGUCUCAGACUCCAAAGGUUGAGCCACAAGAGAAGAAGAAGACCCCAAAGGGUCGUGCUAAGAAGCGUCUCCAAUACACCCGACGAUUCGUCAACGUCACAAUGACCGGUGGAAAGCGAAAGAUGAAUCCCAACCCAGGUGCUGCAUAA